CCCAGUGUGCAGUUGGCCCACCCUCAAAUUCGGCGUCAGACCACCAGUUUCUACACUGCGAUGCAGGACGAACUAACGGCUCAUCGCACUGGUGAUCGCAAGACUCUGGCUGACAUCUUGUUUGAGUCUCAAAAAAAGCGUUUGCCGGUGCGCAGGCGUGGAAGGUCGAGUACCGCUUUUGGAAGAUGCGACUUUGAGUCCGCGUGGAAAACCUUUGGCGGGAAAGGGAAUAUCGAUCAACAAGAGAGUCAGCAUGGCGCUUUGCACUACGCAGCACGCAGAGCAAACUAUACCCAGGUGUUGCGGGUUCUAGAUGUUGGUUGUGGCCACGGCCGGGACGUGCUCGCGUUCAAUCGCGUUCCCUACAUCCACUGCGACGGGGCGGACCCAUGUGCUCCGCUAGCGAAAAAAGCCCAAGGCCGCUUAGACCGUGCACUCAUUUAUCAUCCACUUUAUGGCGCAGACUUCGAGGGGGAUCGAGUGGGCCGCUUAAGGGCCGUUCAACGACCGCGAGUGCUCAUCGCCGAUGGAGCUGCAUUAGCAGGUGUAAGAAUUGACGACAGUGCAUUAGGCGAGGACGAUAAUUCAUGUUCUAAGUCGAAGAAUUUUUAUGGGGAAGACCACAACGAGAGCAAGGAGCUGUCUCUUAUUACUUCGCCGCGAGAAAGGAUUCGAGAAUCAGCAAAAGGGAUCUUCUCAAGAGUGUUUGCGCGUCCUGCAUGCGAAGAUGAGGACGACCAGGAUCGGGCUCGGGAGAUGUUCGAUUCUGAUGGCUGGCCUAUAGCUCUGGGAGCUAGAUUUCAUCUGGACAUUGUCGGCGCGAUGGCCACUGUCGUAGAUUUGAUUAAGGUAGUUUUGGGCAGCCAGCACUUAUAGAUGUGCGUAAUUGAUAAAUAGGCGAAGCCGCUUCCAAAAAAUGGUCGUUUUGUUACUGAGUAGUUGAUGUCUUUCAAAGAUCAACCCCGUAUUCAGACGGAAGGAGAACUCAGUGGCCAGUUUUUCGUGCAGAGGAAAUAAAGCUCUCCUCGCCCUAAUUCCGGAGAUGAGGGGGAAGAAAUUACAAUUGAGUAUAUCUGCGCCGAGCGACACAAGAGGUUCAAGAGGUGUUUUCGGCGGGACGAAGUUCUUGCAAGCAGUAAUUAUGGAGGUGGAUCUUCAAUGCUCGAAAACGAAAUUGGCGCCAGAAGUACAAAGAGGCGAAAAAAGGAGGUCGAGCAAGCAUCACAGGAGCAGGAGGAAAGCUACAAGGCAGCGGCCGCAACAUUACCCCGGAACUCCUAUCACGUAGUGUUUGCACUCUGUAGCUUGUUUCACGUACCGAAAGAGCAUCUUCCACGAGUACUUCGUGGCCUGGUGCUGCGUUUUCUCGUUGGUGUGUCGGAGAAGCUUAAGCCUCUCGAUAAUUCAAGGUUUUCACAUUAUAGAGAACGAGGUCUUUUCUGUCGGAUAGAAUUCACAGAUGAAUAGGCAUUUACAGAAAAUCAGAUGAAUUAUCAAGAAGCUCCUCUACUGAGCGAUGCGAUGCGGAGUUUGCAGGCGACCUGCGCCGAACUAUGGUCUCGACUGACGAUUGGGGCGUGCCGGAAGAGCAAGCCGGAGAAAGAAUGCUACGCUCUGAGUUGUUAGAUGAUGUCUUGACUUCAUCGUACUCGUUCAUCUCAUGAAAGUAUGGGACAAUUAGAAGUAUCCGACUUUGUGGGAAGACUUUAUUUGCGUCUUCUACUCGACUAGUUUCCGUUUCCGCACGUUUUGUACCUGUGAGUGUGCGGAUGUACCUGUUAUUUGCGAGCUCUAAAGCAAUCCAGUUACCACUUGAAAGUCGGUUAUGAAGUUCCGACAGUGGAGCCGCCAGAGGAGGCACCGACCUUUGACGAAUUAGGUGAGUACGCAUAUAACGUUGACCUACAGGUGCCUGCAGGCUUCGGCAUGUUUGAAAAUGGGCCAAAGCAGGUCAUACGUCACGGGCAAACAAGACAGAACCAGAGGGAGUUUGAUAUGAGAGUUAUGAAAUAACAAAAACUGUAUCUGUAAGAGAACAAGAGCCAUCAUAUUAAUUGCGAAGCAAGGCAGGGGCAGCAUAAGCGCACUCACAAUUAGUGAUAUCCAAUGUCAGAAAAAGUUAAGACACAACACGCAGAUGAAAGGCGGUUUUUUGAUUAGUGCAGCCAUUACCUGCUUUUCUAGCCUCGGACGGUCAGGUGGUAGUAGUGUCUGAUCAAUUCAUAUCCGACAUGGUUCGACCGGUACUGUUAGCGUCGACCUCGGUCAUGUUCACUAUCAGAACUUAUCACUACGAUUGUACGGUCUUAUGCGCCCCCAGUAUAUAACUUGUAUGAGAAAUUAGUUGAACGAGUUAAUUAAUUGUUUGAAAGGGCGGUGGCAUAUAGUCCUAACGCAAAAAAAAAAACACUACGGGCACUAGGGACGGCGCUAUCAGGGAUACACACAUACAUUCUCUCAUACUGUUUAUCGAUACUGAGAAGGCCUGGCGGGGAAUGCGGCGGCGGGGGUAUAUGCUGGUCACUUUUCCAGCGCAGAGUCGAGAUGGCUGGACCCGCGACGGGCGUUGGUGCUCGGGUAUGAGCGUCAAGGAAUUUAAGCGGAUGGUAGAAAGCAUAGAUCUGUCGGACGAGAUUGUGGACGGAGAAGGGGGGCAAGAUGCUACCGACUUGCCAAGGAGUGGACCAGAGGAGGAUUAUGGCGGUGGAUAAUUCAUCUUUGAAUUCCUACUUCUUCACUGAGUUGCCUCAUACAUAAAUACGAAAGGACAUACGUGAGAUAAUGGUAACAUAAGACAUUCCACCAGUUUCAUCCUAUGCAUACAAGAGUGCUCCGCUAAAAAGAGGAGGAUGAGGAUAUCUACGUUUUCAGACGUCCCCCUGCGAAGGCACACGAGGGGGGAGACGAUGGAGACGAAGAACAGAAAAGGAGACGGCGUGUCCUCAAAGUGGUGCGUGUUGAAAAAAAUUUCAAAAUAUACAAUGGAACCUGGAAUCUCUAUAUUUUGAGAAUUGAACGUCAAAAGUAGGGGACGGACGACAGGGAGGCGAGCCUCUAGUUAUACGUCGAGACUGUCGUAGUCGCAGUAGCUGCAUUUGUAUGCGUGUCUUUCAGCAAGUCCUACCAUUGUCGCAAAAGAGAAGUGUUCCAUCCGUUCGUUGCAUAACAAGACGGCGCAUUGUUAAG